AUGUUAUCGGCAAUUCAAUACCUGCGCAAAAACAAAUUUCUUGUGAUUGGGCUUAUCGUAACUCCCUUGGGUCUAUACAGUGGGAUAAGGCUCAAGGAGUGGCGGACAGAGAAUAAAAUCAACACAAUCAAGCAGCAGGUCAACAUGGUCCAGCAGCAGCAGCAAGAGCAGUUGUUGGAUCCUGAGAGGGAUUUGCGAAUUGAGUUGCAGAAUUUGCGUGCAGCUAGGGCUUCACUUUUGCGUCAGGAGCAUGGGCUAGGUAUGGAGCUGGAUUCGAUUGGGAUUAAACUGCGGAGACUAGAUGAGCAGGAAGAGAAGAAAGAGAUUGUUGCGGAUGCAAAGAAAUAG